GAGCCGAGCCAGUCCUGCCGUCCAUCCAUCAUCGUCCCCGCCUGCUCCUCGUCGCGAGCAUCCAAAGCUGUACUUGCGGCAAAAGCUCUCGCAAAAUCCUACUCCCACCGCCGACCGACUCGUACCCUCCUCCGCUCCUCCCCAAUCCGCCAUCUUCCUUCCUUCCACCCUUCCCUUGCUUCUCCGGGAGGGAAGGCACCCGGGAGGCCGCCCCGCCACCCAUCGCAAAAGCCACGCGCCACCAAACUCUUUUUUCCCCCCUCACGGCCUCACCCCGUCGCUUUCGCGUUCAGCGCGAGCCGAGACGAGCCGAGCCGACACGGUGGGUCGGUCGCUGGAGGCGGAGCCAUAAAGAAAGGCGUCGGCGAUGAUGAGCGGCAGAUCGGGCGGGAGGGACGCCGAGGGCGAGUGGGAGGUCCGGCCCGGCGGGAUGCUGGUGCAGCGCAGGGACGGCGAGGCGGCCGGCCCCGUCAUCAGGAUCAGGGUCUCCCACGGCGCCAGCUUCCGCGAGGUCCUCGUCCCCGCGCAGGCUACCUUCGGUGAGUUGAAGAGUAUCCUUGCUCAGACUACUGGCUUGGAGCCUGAGAGGCAGAGGCUCUUCUUCCGUGGGAAGGAGAAGAGUGACAGAGAGUUCCUGCACACGGCAGGUGUUAAGGAUGGAGCAAAGUUGCUUCUGCUUGAGAAGCCUGCCCCUGCCAACAUAGAGCAGAAGGUGGAGCCUGUGGUUAUGGAUGAGAGCAUGAUGAAGGCAUGUGAGGCUGUUGCUCGUGUUCGAGCUGAAGUUGAUAAGCUGUCUGCUAAGGUGUGUGACUUGGAGAAGAAUGUGCUUGGAGGGAGAAAGGUUGAGGAUAAAGAAUUUGUCGUCUUGACGGAGCUGCUUAUGAUGCAACUGCUGAAACUCGAUGGCAUAGAAGCUGAAGGAGAAGCAAGGGCACAGAGGAAGGCUGAGGUGCGCCGAGUUCAGUCCCUUGUGGAGACCUUGGACAAGCUGAAAGCAAGAAAUGCAAACCCCUUCAGCGACCAUAACAAAGCUGUUUCAGUAACAACGCAGUGGGAGACGUUUGAGAACGGCAUGGGCAGCUUGAGCGCUCCCCCUCCCCGUGUUUCUUCGACACAAGUUAACACUGACUGGGAGCAGUUCGACUAGGCUCAGACGAAGUUCUUGAUGUAUCAUGAAGUUUGUGGGAUCGGUAUGGACAUUCCUUUGCAGGCAGCGAGGUGUUGUGUAUAUGCGCCACGUUUGUAUAUGCACCACGUUUGAUGCCUUUGGUGUCCCAACUGCCUGUGAAUUUUACCAGAUCAUACCAUACUGCCAUGUGAAUUGCAUCGCUCGUUGAGGGGAUCAUGUUUCAAUAUGCUCAUGCCAAUGCCAUUCGCGUGAUAUUUGUUGGCUGGAUUCAGCAAGGUUAUCCCUAGCCAGAUCCUUUACAGCACAAGCUCAUCCGUGAAUGCAAUUGUACCAUGUAAAUGCUGACGUUGUAGCUGUUCAGAAACUUUACCAAUAAAUAGGUUUUCCUGAA